UUUUCUUUUAUGUCGACUACAUACUACGUUUUCGAAAAAGUACUAUACAACUCUAAAAUUUUUGUCAGUGUACUCUAAGUGAAAUUUUUCAUGCUGCACGCCCUGUAUUAAAAACGUCAAUAUGGGUAGUAACUUCACUUUAACCAAAUGACAGGUGUCAAGUGCGAUGCCAUUUUGAAUAACGAACACUAAGAAAUGGAAAAGUUUAUAACAAUCACGAGGAAAAGAAAAGAAGAAACUUCUGCAAAUACCGAAGGAGGGAUUGAACGAGACGCUGCCGCUGAGGAAUACGUAGAGCGAUCUAAAACAAAGAGGAGAUCUUUUAACGCACAUUGGGGAGAUGAUGAAGAAUUUAAGAAGUGGUUAAUAACAGGAGCGCACGGCUUACCGCGUUGUAAAGUAUGUGGCGUCGAUCUUAAAGCAUCUGGAGGAAAAAAGGAUUUAACUGCGCAUGCAAAGACCACCAAACAUAUUGAAAAUUCAAAUGCAGUUAAUAUACACAAGGGAAGCAAAGAAAUUAUAGAAGGCAUUCCGCGAAGUCGAAAGCGGCACAAAACUUCGCUUGUCGGCGUACAAAAACAACAGCUUUAA